AUGGCUAUACGGUCCCUCGCCCUAGGAUGGUUAGCCAUCUCGUCGCUUCAAAUCGGUGCUCAAGCCCAAGACUUUCGCACCCACUGCGAUGAGACCUGCGAAGCUACGUACCGUUCUUCACUAGCUAUCGAAACCAAGGACUGGGUCAAUGUCGACGUCAAUGUCGAUCCCUUCUACGCCAACCCAUCGAACCUCUCAGACUACGCCGUCGGAGACUUGGUAAAAUGGCAAGACCUCACGGGCACCCAGGCCGCUAAGAUCUGGACCGUCCCCGCUGGCAUGUCCCUCUCUCGCUUCUUCUACAUGAGCGAAGAUAUAGACGGCAAGCCCCUACCCGUUACCGCGUUCGCACUGCUCCCAUGGUCGAACCCCCAGGGCAAAGACAAGCCCUUCCGGACCAUUGUCUGGGCCCACGGAACUGCGGGCUACAGUCGUGAGUGUGCGCCUACCAAUCAUAGAGGACUCUACUAUGAGUGGGAGGCGCCCUUCAUCCUCGCCCAGGCAGGUUACGCCGUCAUCGCACCUGACUAUGCUGGCCAGGGCAGUGACAUUCCCCAGGGCUUCAUGUACGAGUCAGGCGCACUCCAUGCUGCUGACGUGAGCCACAGCCUUCAGGCAGCUCGCAAAGCCCUCGGUGAGCGGUUAUCCAAGGAAUGGGUUGUCGUUGGACACAGCGAGGGUGGCUUGACUGCGUGGCGCACCAACGAGAGAGAGGCAAAGGCUGGAAAGGCCACUGGCGGAUUCAUCGGUGCCGUUUCGGUUGCGCCUGCGCUUCGGCCCUUGUCACUCAUCCCCGAGUCAUUCCGCCGCGCGGCCGGAGGCCCCGUAGGAGAUGUGGUAUCCGUCUACUUCCUCCAGUCUCUGUCAAAGCUUUUGAAGUCGAUCCGGAUAGAAGACUACGUUAGCGACAUUGUUGCCAGCCGUAUUCCUCUAUCAAAUCAGGGAUGUCUCAAGACCGGCGGUACUAUCUACGGCAGCCUGACUGAGACUCAGCUGUACAAGAAUACCAGCUGGCUGACACACCCCGAUGUCAUUGACUGGCAAGAGCGCUACAACGGAGCCGGCGUACACCAGUGGGCAGCCCCGAUGUUGGUUGUCCAGGGCACCAAAGAUAUUCUCACUUACGCCGAAACUAUGGAGCAGGACUUUGAUGCAACUUGCAAGGCUUUCCCCGAGUCGCCUGCAGAGCUGCUUCUGUAUCCCGAGCUCGGUCAUGACCAGGCUUUCCAGGCGUCGCAUGUCGAUUAUCUGGCUUGGGUUGCGGAUCGAUUCAACAACGUCUCUGUUUCUUCUGGCUGCAGCAAGAGGACGAUCGAGCCUGCGACCAACCACCCCUCGCUCAUCCAUCAAACUUGGCAAGGAUCUCCUCAGUAA